AGGACCCGUGUGAAGGAGCAGGUGGCGGGACGCACAGGUGCCUCAUGGGAAGAUCGUUUGCAGCAGCAGAAGGCCGUGAAGGUUCAGGCGAUGAAGAUGAUCGAGAAGGAGCAGAAGGAGAGAAUCAAAGCUGCCACCGAGAAGGGCAUCGAAAAGCAGCAGGUGUAUUCGCCCUUAGUUGCCUUGCGUUCUGCUCCACUCCUGUCAGUCGCUGAGAAGCAAGCGCAGAAGUUGGAGGAGCGGAAACAGGAGAUGAGUCAGAAGAUCCGUUCCUAUGCCGUGCUGCGGAACCGGAUCUUGGAGAAGAUGCGCACGCGAGAUCCACUCUUCAAGGUGGAAGAUGUGAGCACCGCCAAAGCGCUCCUCGCGGAAGGCCGCCGGAAGAGGCAGGAGGAACUGCAGAACGAGGAGAAGAAACGAUGGGAGCACUUGGAGGACUGUGCAGCCAAAGGUGUUCAGAAGCGCGCGGCUUUGUUCGAUCUGCACAACAGCCCCUCCUUUGACGAACGCUUGGCCAAGCGGGUCGAGAUCAAGACAGCGGAGCUGAAGGAGUUAGAAAAAGCUCAAAAGGAACGAAUCAGAGAUGCCAUCGAAGUUGGCCAUAGCAAGUCUCAGCAGGCUUCGCCGCUGCUGGGAUGCUUGAGAAAUCCUCCAGACAAUGCGGAAAGACAGAAGGAGAUUUUAGAGGAACGUCAAAGACACAUGGCGCUGGUGGCUAAGGAAUACAUCAAGAAGCGAGAUGAGAUGUUAUACCGGCAGCAAACCCGAACGCCUCUCUUCAGUUGCGAUGAAGUCGAGGACGCACAGCUCCAACUUGAGGAGGCAGCGCGGAAGAGGAAAAAAGAGAUGAAGGACGAAAUGCUCAAGCAGAAACAACACAUCAACGAACUCCAGCAUAAAGCCUUGGCUCGGCCGCUGAUGAUGGAAGCCAAAUAUGGCAUCAUGGCCUAACGCCCCUGAUCUGCUCGCAAAAUGCGAUGACAGACAGCAGUGGCACACCUGGGGGCUUGUGGCAUGUUGGGCCUGGUUUUCUGUG